UUUUUCAACUUAGCUCUUACCUUCUAGUCUCUUACUUGAUCCUGCAUGCAGAUAUUGUAGAUAACAUGGAGCCACAGUGUGCAAUCAAGAAGGAUCUCACUGAAUUAGUAGGGAAUACCCCAAUGGUAUAUCUGAACAACAUAGUUGAAGGGUGUGUAGCCCGUAUUGCCGUUAAGCUAGAAUACAUGCAAGCCUGUGGUAGUGUCAAAGAUAGGAUAGCAUUGAGCAUGAUUGAAGACGCUGAGAGUAAAGGCCUCAUUACGCGUGGGAAGACUAUUCUUGUUGAGCCUACGAGUGGUAACACCGGCAUAGGAUUGGCAUUCAUAGCAGCAUUGAGGGGCUAUAAAGUUAUUGUGGUUAUGCCAUCUUUUGCAAGUCUUGAGAGAAAAAUUAUACUGCGAGCCUUUGGAGCUGAGGUAUAUCUGACAGACCCUGCCAAAGGUGUUGACGGGGUUUUUCAGAAGGCGGAAGAGAUAGUAGCCGUGACGCCCGGUAGCUAUAUGCUCCAGCAAUUUGAUAAUCCUGCCAAUCCAAAGAUUCAUUAUGAGACCACUGGCCCUGAGAUUUGGAGAGAUUCUGGAGGGAAAAUCGAUGUUUUCGUGGCAGGGAUAGGAACUGGGGGAACAAUAACAGGUGCUGGGAGUUUCCUCAAGGAGAGAAACCCGGAGAUCAAGGUAUAUGGUGUAGAACCUGCUGAAAGUGCAGUUUUGAAUGGAGGAAAGCCAGGCAAGCACCUAAUCCAAGGGAUUGGUACUGGUGUCAUUCCCCCCAUUCUGAAUAUUAAUCUCCUAGAUGAAGUUAUUCAGGUUUCAAGUGAAGAAGCUAUAGAAACUGCUAAGCUGCUAGCCUUGAAAGAAGGUUUACUGAUGGGAAUUUCAUCAGGAGCUGCAGCAGCAGCAGCAAUAAAAUUGGGGAAGAGACCAGAAAAUGCAGGAAAGCUAAUUGUUGCAAUUUUUCCCAGUUUUGGAGAGCGUUACUUAUCUUCACCACUGUUUGAGUCCAUUAGGCAUGAAGCUGAACAAAUGACAUUUGAGUAAGGUGCAUACAUGAAUAGCUGAAAUAAGUCAAUAACUACUCAUCAAGUACUCGUGAAGCAAGCUCUUCUAUCAUAAGCACAGUCUCCAAUAAGUUGAAUAAUGUUUAGAUUUACACUUCAUUGUAUAGGGACUUCACAAAGUGCUGGUGCGGAAAUGGAAUAUUCAUAGAUCAUGAAUAUAACUUAGUUGAUUUUUUCAUUUGCAACUGCUUAUAUAUGAAUUUCAACUUCA